UGCUCUUUGGCAGCCAGACAGGCACGGCUCAGGAUGUGUCGGAGAGACUGGGUCGCGAGGCCCGGCGCCGGCGGCUUGGCUGCCGGGUGCAGGCCCUGGACUCCUACCCGGUGGUGAAUCUGAUUAACGAGCCCCUGGUGAUAUUUGUUUGUGCAACUACAGGCCAAGGAGACCCCCCUGACAACAUGAAGAACUUCUGGAGGUUUAUAUUCCGGAAGAACCUGCCCACCACCGCCCUCUGUCAGAUGGAAUUUGCCGUCCUAGGCCUCGGGGACUCCUCAUACACCAAGUUCAACUUCGUGGCCAAGAAGCUGCACCGACGGCUACUGCAGCUUGGGGGCAGUGCCCUCUUGCCCGUGUGCCUAGGCGAUGACCAGCAUGAGCUGGGGCCCGACGCUGCUGUGGACCCCUGGCUGCGAGACUUGUGGGACAGGGUUCUGAGUCUGCUCCCACCGCCUCCGGACCUUGCCGAGAUCCCUCCUGGAGUCCCCCUGCCCUCCAAGUUCACCCUGCUGUUCCUCCAAGAGGCGCCCAGCACGGGCUCUGAGGGGCAGCGGGUAGCUCACCCCGGCUCUCAGGAGCCCCCGUCAGAGUCGAAGCCCUUCCUAGCACCCAUGAUCUCCAACCAGAGAGUCACUGGCCCCUCCCACUUCCAGGACGUUCGGCUGAUUGAGUUUGACAUCUCGGGCUCCGGCAUCAGUUUUGCUGCUGGCGAUGUGGUGCUGAUUCAGCCCUCCAACUCAGCUGCCCAUGUCCAGCAGUUCUGCCAGGUGCUGGGCCUGGACCCUGACCAGCUCUUCACGCUGCAGCCACGGGAGCCAGGUGAGCCCGAUGUCUCCUGCCCCACGAGGCUGCCCCAGCCCUGCUCCAUGCGGCACCUCGUGUCCCACUACCUGGACAUCGCCAGCGUGCCUCGCCGCUCCUUCUUCGAGCUCCUGGCCUGUCUAUCCCUCCAUGAGCUGGAGCGGGAGAAGCUGCUGGAGUUCAGUUCUGCCCAAGGCCAGGAGGAGCUCUUUGAAUACUGCAACCGGCCCCGCAGGACCAUCCUGGAGGUGCUCUGUGACUUCCCGCACACAGCUGCUGCUAUCCCUCCCGACUACCUGUUGGACCUCAUCCCUGCUAUCCGGCCAAGGGCCUUCUCCAUCGCCUCCUCGAUGCUGGCUCACCCCUCACGGCUGCAGAUCCUCGUGGCUGUCGUGCAGUUCCAGACUCGCCUCAAGGAGCCCCGCCGGGGGCUCUGCUCCUCCUGGCUGGCAUCCCUGGACCCUGGGCAAGGUCCUGUCCGGGUGCCCCUCUGGGUGCGGCCUGGGAGUCUGGCCUUCCCAGAGACACCAGACACCCCCGUGAUCAUGGUGGGGCCCGGCACUGGGGUAGCCCCCUUCCGAGCAGCCAUCCAGGAGCGUGUGGCCCAGGGCCAGACCAGAAACUUCUUGUUUUUUGGCUGCCGCUGGCGGGACCAAGACUUCUACUGGGAGGCAGAGUGGCAGGAGCUGGAGAUGCGGGACUGUCUGACCCUUGUCCCUGCCUUCUCCCGGGAACAGGAGCAGAAAGUGUAUGUGCAGCACCGGCUCCGGGAGCUGGGGUCGCUCGUGUGGGAACUGCUGGACCGCCAGGGCGCAUACUUCUACCUGGCAGGCAACGCCAAGUCCAUGCCAGCGGACGUCUCGGAGGCCCUUAUGUCCAUCUUCCAGGAGGACGGCGGACUCUGCAGCCCCGAUGCAGCUGCGUAUCUAGCCAGGCUCCAGCGGACACAGCGCUUCCAGACCGAGACGAUCCACCCAGAGCAGGCCGGCCUUGCUGGGGCCCCAGUAAAGUCCAAUUCCAGUGAGGAGAGCCAGCCGGGAGGGCCACCACCCCUGAACUGUGCCCUGGGGCCCCCACCCUCCACCCGGCUGACUCCAGCUCUGGGCAUGUCAGUCCACCUGGACCUUUUCUGGGCUUUGAGUGCCUGGACCCUGUGUGCCAAGUGCCAGCAAGUGAAGGGAAUGACCUUGGGCCCCCCCAAGGUGCCGAGACUCCAGCCAGUGAGCCCCUGCUGGGGGCCGUGGCCAUGGAGGGUGCCUGGGCCCUUCCAACUUGGAAGGAGCCGUCAGAAGACGCCCAUGCUGGAGUGGGAGAUCUGCCGACUGCAGGAGGAGCUGCUGCAGGCCGACGGGCCCUCACACCAGCCCCGCCGAGAGACCCCUGCACCCCAGCACCGCAACCCUGGGCCCUGGGGCUCCCUGGAGCACCGCUACCACCUGCGCUUCCUGGCAGGGCCCGCGGGCGGCCGGGGCUGCCUGCCCUUCCUGCCCUGUCCACCCUGCCUGGGUGCCCGGCUCUGGGCCCUGCGGGAGCGGGGACCCUGUGCCCGCCGCCUGGUGCUGCUGAGCCUACUGGCCCUUGAGCUGCUGGGGCUGCUGCUGGUCUUCACGCCACUCGUGCUGCUGGGGCUGCUUUUCAUGCUGCUGGACCGCUCUGGCCGCUGAGCAGAGCCCAGGACAACCCUGACGCCAACAGGCCAGGGGGCCCAGACUGACCCACGUCCCCAUGCCUGGGUGCUGUGAGGCCUGAUGACCAGGCUGAAAAACCCAAGGUUGGGUCCAGGGCAGUGGCCUUCAAUCAAGACCUCCCAUUGCUGAACCCACGACCAGGGCUACCCAGGAGCCUGACCCUGCCAGAGUCCAUGGCUGUACUGCUGCCCAGACACUAGCUGAACCCAAGGACACUGGUGCCCAAGGUCAGCUUCUGGAGGAGGCUGGCCCAGCAGGAAGGUCUGCAAGCAGGGCCCCAUUCACCCUGCAGUAGACGGGCACCAUACUGGCCACGGGCCGAUGCUGGCCACACUUCCCCCUCCGAGCGCCAGCCAGGCACAGCAGGCAUGAAAGUGAACAGAGAUACAGCAGCGAGUUCCUUGGAGAGGGCAGGGACUCCGCCCACUUUGUGUUCAGAUAAGGGCCAGUGCAUGUCCCUGAAGGUCAGGCCAGCCGGGGGAGGGGCCCAUGCUGCGAAAAUUCAGCCUGCAAAGGCUCCUCUCCCCACCUGGUCAGGCCUGGACCAGCCGGGGGUCGGUGCUGGCCUUUAUUGCAGGAGACAAGGGCCCACCCAGACCUUGGAACAUAAGCACCAGGCCCAGCUCUGCCUCUGCACACCCUCAUGUCACCACGCCUGGGAUGGAGACAUCGGUGGCCCAGCGAGAGAUGGAGCAUUGAGCCUCGAACAUGAAGCAGCUCUCAAUAAACCAGCUCCUGGGGA